AUGGAAUCUGUUGAUCACUCUAUUGCUUCAAUGAUAGCGCACGCAGUGACGACGAAACAUGCAUGGGAGACGACAACUUUUGCCAGCAAAUCACAAUCCAGAAUUUUUGGCCUUCGUGAGAUUCUUGCCAAUCUGCGAAAAGAAGCUCGACCAGUUGCUGACUACAUGAAGGAAAUCAAAACUAUUGCAGAUGAUCUUGCCUCUAGUGGAUCCCCAUUAACCAAUGAAGAACUCGUUAUCAAAGUACUUAGUGGUCUUGGACCCGAGUUUAAGGAAAUUUCAGCAGCUAUUCGUGCUCGCGACAAUCCUAUAUCUUUUGAGGAACUAUAUGAUAAACUUCUCGCUCAUGAAGUCUUUGUUCAAUAUUCAGAGCCCAAAGCUGCUGCUCUAGUUAUCACAGCCCAAUUCAACCAGCGUGUUUCAAACGCCCAAAUUUCUCAGCGACGAAACUACAAUAAUGUUGGGAAUCAAAACCCACAGCGACGCAACCAAGGAGUUCCAAAUUCAAGCCAUACCUCUAAUGGUAGGAACUUUACUGGCCAAAAUCAAUCCUCCAAAUCAUUUGGAUCACGACAACACGUUCAGUGUCAACUAUGUGACAAGUAUGAUCACAUCGCCAAAGUUUGUCACUCUCAGUCACACAACAAAUAUGAAGCCCAGGCAAAUAUGGCAUCUCGCUCCUACAACAAUAAUGAUAAUUCUUGGAUCAUUGACUCUGGCGCAUCUCAUCACAUGACAGACAACCUUGGGAAUCUUACUUCUGCAACAAAAUUUUCAGGCAGUGAUGACAUAGUCAUCGGAGAUGGAUUUUAGCACGGGCGCGAUACUGCUUCGCAGAAGGAGUAAGAAUGAUCUCUAUGAGUGGCCAGCCACCAAGUUUCCAAUCAAGUCCACUACUGCCUCACCACAAGCCCAUUUUGCUGUCUCGCCGCGACCGGAUCUACACUUAUGGCAUGCAAGGCUUGGUCACCCUCAACCAUGAAUAACCAAGACUUUUAUUUCUCAUUUUGGUCUCCCAGUAGCUUUGAAUCAAACAUUUAUAUUUUGCAAUUGAUGUCCGUGUGAUAAAAGUCACCAACUUCCUUUUGGUGAAUCCUCUGUUAGAAGCCAUAGAGCCUUUGAAAUAAUUUACUCUGA